CUCAUGAUAAAAUCCUCCAUGCAAAGAAGGAGUGAUAAUUUUAAAUAUUCUUAGUAUUCUGUUUUGUUUUCCUUGACAGUAUACCUUUAUAUAUAUACAACUCUAUCUGUGUAACAUCUAAUGAUCGCACAAACCAAACAAUAAAACACAAAUCCAUUCACGCACACACACACUCACCUCGUUAUAAUAGAUAUCGGUCAUUUAUCCUUCCUUGAACAAUGUUUGAAACUUGGCAAUUAUCUACUGAUUGGGUUACAUUCGGAUAAGACAUCAUCGUUUGAAAGUGGUCGAAUGGGAUCAAUUCUUACACUUCAAGAACGCUUAUUGUCUGUAUUAGCUUGUCGUUAUGUGAGUAAUGUGAUUAUCGAUGCACCAUAUGUUAUUCCUGCAACACUUUUGGAUCAUUUUAAGGUUAAUUAUGUGGCGAUCGGUUGGGAUAAAAAUCUUACGCCAACCCUUGAAGGCUUAGAUCCAAUGAUGAUUUGUAAAGAAAGAGGUAUUCUACGUAGAAUAGACAGUGGAUGUAAUGUUACAACUUCUAUGGUUAUAUCUCGUAUUAUGCAGAAUAGGUUACUGUAUGAAGAACGAAAUAGAAAGAAGGUUAAUAAAGAACUUCAAUUGGCCAGUACACUUACAACGAACUCAAAACUGUCUAACUGAUCAUCUCUGAUAAUUUUUUGGUUAUUAUUAUUAUUUAUUAUUAUCAGUUUAUGUCCAUGUCGGAGGGAUCUUCUUUCUCCUGUUUUCAUUUUCUUUUAUCCUUAUGAAAUGUAUUUCUAUGUUGUCUCUUCUCAAUAUUUAUACGUAU